AUGCGGCGAUUUGUACUUCUCUACUCCUCCUUCUCUGCUCCUCCUUUUCUUCUCUCCUUACACUCCUUUGACUCUACUCCUUCUGUGCGCCUCCUACCCUACUUCUUCGACUCGACUCCUCCUCUCCUUCUAUUCCUCUUCUGCUCCUCCUACUUCUCUCCCACUCUUCUCUUCCUCAGCUCCUCCUUCUCUACUCCUCCUCUGCUCCUCCUUCCCUACUCCUCUUCUUCUUCUUCUCCUCUGCUCCUCCUGUUCUACUCUUCCUCUUGCUCUCUUCCUCAGCUCCUCCUCCUCUACUCUCCUUCUUCUCUUCCUCAGCUCAUCCUCCUCUGCUCCUCCUUACCUACUCCUCUCGUCCUCUUCCGCUUCUUCUUCUCUUCUCCUCCUCCUCUACUCCCUCUCUCUCUCUCCUCCCUCUCCUCUCUCUUCCUCUCUCUCCUCCCUCUCCUCCCUCUCCUCUCUCUCCUCUCUCUCCUCUCUCUCCUCUCUCUCCUCCCUCUCCUCUCUCUCCUCCCUCUCCUCUCUCUCUCCUCCCUCUCCUCUCUCUCCUCUCUCUCCUCUCUCUCCUCUCUCUCCUCUCUCUCCUCCCUCUCCUCCCUCUCCUCCCUCUCCUCUCUCUCCUCUCUCUCCUCUCUCUCCUCUCUCUCCUCCCUCUCCUCUCUCUCCUCUCUCUCCUCUCUCUCCUCUCUCUCCUCCCUCUCCUCUCUCUCCUCCCUCUCCUCUCUCUCCUCCCUCUCCUCUCUCUCCUCUCUCUCUUCUCUGCUUUUCAGAUUCAUGCUAAAAUCUGCAAUCUUCCUGAAGAUACUCACACAGAGCCGAGAGGUCCGGGUACAGUCUGGUUCUGGGCUCAUGGAGGUCCGGGUACAGUCUGGUUCUGGGCUCAUGGAGGUCCGGUACAAGAGUGAGGACUGUGGACGGGACCAGGAAGGACACGCUCGGGAUCGGCAAGAGAGAGGGCCCAGCUGGGGUUGGGUUAGCGUGUGCUAG